ACACCGGGAGCAGGAUGAACAUUAUUCCGGCAGGAGUCAUCUUAACUCGGGUGUACAGUGGAGGUCCGCUCGCUUGAGAAAUGUUUGGACUUUUUAGCUCCAGUGCAUCUUCAUUCACACUCUCGGUAAAGUUUAGAAUAAGGUCGGUACCAAUUGUCAAAUUCCAGUUGGAAGAGAUCUCCUGUCACAUUGCUCCUGUAGUGUGCGCUCUUCACAAAGCGCGCAAGCAGGAGCGAGUCCACUCAUUUCAAAAUGUGUCGUAUUUACGAGAAGGGAGGCAAUCAGGCUUUGAUUGUGUAUUCCCUCGCUGUUGUGCUUAUCUUAUCUGUAACGGUUAGAAACUGCAACAAAAAGUAAUCCAAACUGAUAGCGGUCUUUCGCAUGGGAUAGUGACUAAUAUCCUGGACGAGGAUAAAAUAAAGACUCGCUCUUCUGUCCGGUUCUUUGGCUAAUCACACCGGCUGAAACAAGUGGCUUCUUCGUGAAAUAUCAGCGUGGUUCGCAUGAAGAAAAAAAACAUCAAGGAAAAGGAUGUCAAGAAUAGGUUUGUCAAAGCGGUCCACGCUCAGCAGUGUACGCCUCUUACAGGACUACAGUCUGAUAUGGGGCUCCCACUUGGCCCCGCCUCCCGGAAGAGGAAGCACAACAGGAUGCUUUGGCCCAGUCUCCACUGUCAAGUACAUUCCGCCACCAGGCAUGAAGUCCCCCAGCAUGUAAGUCAGACAUCUUAGACUGCGGCCCAAAGGAAUCCUGCCUGACACGAAAAAAGCUGCCGUCGACUCCCCUGAGACACUGCGCGUCAAGACACCCGUGGAGACACCCUUCCGACUAUCAGUGAACCAAUGAUUUCUGACAUUUCCGUGAGGGAAGGAGGAGGUCUUCAUGUAAGAAAUACAACAUUUUCCACCAGCUAGACAGGUGACAUGGAUAGCAAAAAGAGAUCAUACGGUUCUGUCAACACUGAAAGCUUGGUGUACUGGUCGUCCUCAUUUCUACGACAACCAGCAAGGGUCCUGAUUGUAGAGGCACUGCCGCCCUGGUGGUCUAACACCUGCCCAGUACUCUGCGAUGCUCUUGAUAACUUCUUGUCCCUGGCGUGUAGUCUGGAUGGACCCUGUAGGCUCCCACACCUCAGCUUGUACUCGCUCAGCAGGCAGCAAGAAUGUCUGCUUCCAUUUGUGCAAGUUCGUGGUAACUUGGCCAGGUUGCGUUCUUGCGUAGAGGAGCUUAGGUCGAUCCCCAGCGAAGGCUGCAGCAGAGGAACAGCCAGGGGAGGCGAGAUGCUGCGACAGGCGGUUCUGGACAGCCUGCAGCAGUUCAAACAGUACAUGAGACACAUUGGGGCCAACAGCCAGGCCAACAGCCACACAUGCGUUGAGGUUACCGUGGUGACUGGCCGGCCUGGUCGAGGCAUUGUUAACUUUUUGGAGAACGGGCUCACGGAUGCUGACCUGGUGCCACUCAAGCGUCUCCUGGUGGUGCAGCUCCACACUGAGGCAGAGUGCGGUGAAGAUACUCCCUCACCUGAAGCCUCACGUGAUGCUAGCGAAGAUAAUCUGUUGUUGGUGGACUUGCAGCAGGUGGACAACAAUGUGAUUGCAAUGGAGUCUGUGUUAAAAGCAUGGCUUCAAGAGCAAGGCGGGGACAAGGAACACCUCCACCUUCUUCUGCCCAGCCCACUGGAGAAUCACAUUCCAAUGUGCAUUAAGUGCGACAAGCAGGAGCGUCUCAUCAGCCCCGCCCUCAUCCCACUGUCCCCCCAUCUUGGUGUGAAGACAGAGAGCAUUCGUGAUUUCAUGUCUGUCUCAAAGGGUGCGACCAAUCAGAGCCAAGUACCACAGAAGAUGAGAGCAAUCAAGGCCCUGCGUGCUGAUGGCAUGUGUGAAAGCAUGUUGUACGGCCUGCCACUGGUGAUCCGCCCCACUACCUGCUGGCAGCUGGACUGGGAUGAGAUGGAGAACAACCACAACUGGUUUCAUGCUCUCUGCCACACACUACAGAGUCGUGACAUGUUCCUCCUGCUGCAGGUAGAAUCCACUCAGAGGUCGGCAACUGGAGGCCCAGCUGUGUUUUCUCACUAUGUCCUCCAACCCUCGGCAUCGCUCUCCUUCCUCCUGAAGCCGGUGGUCUCAAGAGAAUUGUUGUUGCCUUGCACCCCAUCAUUGCCAGUGCAAGAUCCCACACCUGAAGCCAUGCAGGUCAUACAGGGCUGCUUCACCCAGAUGGACGAGGAAUGUGUGUUCAAUCCCCACUCUCUGAGCAGCAACCUUUACCCUCACCUCAGAAGCCGAGGCCUGCUUUCUCAGCCGCGAUAUCCCUACAGGCUGCAGCCAGCUACACAUAGACAGCAGUCUCAACCACCAGAGGGAGCUAAAGCCACAGCCAGCAGACAACCGCGUCAGCAACCAAACCAGGCUCGUCAGCUAGGAAUGAAGAGCAAGAUCAAGGCGACCGUGUCCCCCAUGCCCUUCUCUUGUUCGUCUUCCCUGGGACUCCCACUUGCUAAGGCCUCUCGUCCCGUUUUGACCUUCCAAAGCAGUGGCAGCCAUCAGGCCUUCGUCUCUGCUCAUCAGGAACAGUUCGACGACAGCUCCAUAAUAACCCUGGACGAGGACUGAUGGGUGAGUGGAGGAAAGUUCAAAUUGAGAGAAAUACAGGGAGUUGGUGGAAUACAUUGUGUACAACUUCUGGCUACUAUUUAGCCAAAAUAAUUGUUUCUUUGACAUAGUCAUUUCCAUUUUGAGGUUUGCUGAUUUCAAGUCUGACUAAAGAAGCAAAAGUCACUUAUGUCUGGGUCAGCUGACUUAUUUAUUGCACUCAUCGCUAGUAAACAUCACGCUGGCUCAGUUAGAAAGAGUGUAUGUGUGGUGGGUGUGCGUAUGUGUGUGUGUUUGACAUUAUGACAGUCACCCAAUCCCCCUGUAAAUAAGACAAACAUAAUAAGAAGGGAAACAACACAAUGAAAGUGUGUACGUUAAAAACAAAUUAGAUAUUAAAGAGGAUUUAAGUGUGUGCAGCCCACAAGUCUUAUAUGGGGAAAAACAUUUCCAGCAUGUAGACCUGGACAUUGCUCUUGUUGCUGCAUCCUGGUCUUAACACAGCUUUUCCGUUGUAAUGAAAGCCAGACAAAAGCAACACACAAGAAGGCCUCUCUGCUUUCCGUAACCGCAGUUCAGGGAUCUCUCUGCGGGAGUUGAAAGGUGCCGUAGGACGAGAUGAAUGAAGAUAAGAGACAACAUGUUUUAGUUUCAUUUUGGAAAUUGUAAAUAUGAUUAAACGUUUCUACGUAUUAGUGCGUGUGUGUGUGUGUGUGUGUGUGUGUGUGUGUGUGUGUGUGUGUGUGUGUGUGUGUGUGUGUGUGUGUGUGUGUGUGUGUGUGUGUGUCUGUGUGAUGUUCGAAAUGGGGUCAAUACAAGUUCAUGCAUGUACACAUCUGACCCGUUCCGCAAGAAUUUGCCCACACAAUGCAAUUGAUUCAAACUCAUAUUAGUGUGUUGCCUCCUCCCAUUAUUACUAAUUAUAUAUUCCUCACAUAAGAGCAUCAUCUCUUUUACAUACACACACGUAUAACCAGGCUUUAAUCAGUCUCCCGCCAUUCCACCCCCAUGUUGAACCUUGUCACAUCAAGCGACGACCAGUGAGAAAUUACCUCAUAGCGUUGUGAUGUCACAGGACUUCCGCAUUCAAAAAUGACAACCACAACGACUCUUUUGUCUGCACAGAGAAUUUGUGCAAACCACUAAGUCCUCAUACUGACAUUACUUGGUUGUUUCCCUGGUUCUUUGUUUUCCCUCACAUCUUUUCUGUCACUGUGUGUAAAUUUCAUAAGGUGGUUUAAAUAUAAAAACAAGAAGCAGUUCCUCUUUCAGCCUGCAAACCGUGUAAGGAGAAGCGAGAUAGCAAAAGGGCUAUUUUGGUGUGGGUGUGUGCACUUAUAUUUCAUUAGUUUCAGAGACUUUUCAAAUUUUGCCAUAUGACAGAAAUGUCAGAUUUUAAGAAGUUGGAGUGUUGUGUUACUGUUUGGCUUUUGUAUUUUGUUCAUUGAUGAUUAUACAGUAUACAGUUGUGUCAGUGACACCAUGGUGUGUUUUGAUAUUUUGGUGGGAAGAUUUUAAAUGUGUCUACAUGGUUAGAACUGCCAUCUUCUUGCUUCAUUUAAAUGUUGAAAACAACAAAACAUAAGGGAUAUUGCUCUAUGUCAGAGGUUAAGGGCUAUAGUUUUAAACAACUCAGCAUGAUAUGAAUGCUGCAACUUCCUGCUUUGUUCUUUGUGUUUCAUUUUGAAGCAAUCGAAUUGGCACCUCAAUAAAAUAAAAAAUAUCUUGCGCACUCUGA